GCAAAACGCGCAGAAACGGUGGCCGUACAAAAUCCCCAGCAGAGAAAGUGCAGGAGCUCAGGGAACCCCCCUGUUCUAACAGCACCGUAGCUUGCUCCCCCACUCCACGAAAUCUUUUGGCUCCCCCAAGUACAUAAACACACUCACAUUGACGACUGCAAUUGGACGUGACACCACACCACAAACGGGCCUGCAACGGUAAAUAAAAUCACGGCAAAGCAUCGUCUUCCGCCACCCCUGCCUGCUCUGUCACAGGGUCCCUCCCCGCCGCUGCCGUCCUGCUCCUGCCCACCGGCCACUUUCCACGACCUGCCACUGCCAUCCAAAGUCCCGACUCCCAACUCCCAACCCGACCACCAGCUGAGCUUCGCCUGCCUGACCUUGUCGUCCUAUCCACCUUGUUCCUCGUCCUCGAAGUCGGACUCGAACUUCGGCCUCGACCUGCCAGCCCUGCCACAAUACCUCCAACUAAGGGCACAAGGUCUCCCCCCGUCCUCGAAUCCCGUGGGACUGCCCAUUCCAAGGGUCUUGUCGAACUUGUCUUCUUGCAUCGGCUGGCGUUCGUUUGUGCUUGCUUCACGUCUCAUUUGUUUUCUGUGCACGUCCAGCGACUCGAGCGUCUGCUUUCCAAUGGCUUCUCCGAGAUACCACUAGAAUUUGAUUGCCACCACACUCAUAGCGCUGUUCCUUUGCCCGGCCUGCUUGGUCCGACUUCGAACCCUCUCACGACAACAUGAGCGGCGCCCCGCCCCCGCCCCCGCCGCCUCCCCACGGCGAGUCGCCAAAGACGACAUCUGGCUCAGGCCUGCCCCCCGGAAAAUAUGAUGUCUUCAUCAUACCAGAGCACUCGGCCGGCUCGGGCUUCCUGUACCUGCCCUCGCUGCGCACAAACACCAACAGCUUCAUCGCCGGCUUCGCAUCCGCCCUCCUCAUGGUCGUCCUCGGCCAGAGCAUGGCACCCGCCUUCCAGGCCUGGUGGGCAAACUUCCAGGGCAUGGGCAACGCCGGCAUGCUCCUGCUCGUAAUAGCUGUCGGCCUUGGCGCCUGGUCUCUCGGCCGCCAAUCUACCGACGGCACCGGACGCGACGGAGCGGGAGGGGGAGGCGGUUUCUAUUCCGGUGGCUCGUCAAUGCCCGGCGGUGGUGGCUUCAGUAGUGCUGGAUCCAGCCCCCACAGCGCCCAUCACGGCUCUUCCCCCGGCGCUGGCCCACCUCCAGAUGCCCACUCCCCCCCGCCUCCACCAGGUGGGUCGAAACCCAGUGCGAAUCCGUCCAGUGGCUCGUAUCAACGACCGCCACAGCCGACCCCCCAACCAACCCCCCAACCCCAGCCCAAACCCCAGCCCACUAAACCACAAGCAGAGACACCAAAGAACUCGUGGCAGAAGGCGAGGGAUGAGGUCCGCCGCAAGGAGGAGGAACGCAAGGCCAAAGAGGCCGAGGACAAGCGCCGCGCCGAGGCCGCUCAGAGGCUGAAGGAGCUUAGGGAGAAGGAGGCACGCGAGCGGGCUCAACGAGAGGCCGAGAGGUUGCGCCGGGAGCAGGAGGCCAAGGACAAGCUGGCCCAGGAGCAGGCGGCCAAGGAGAAGGAAGCCAAGGAGAAGGAAGAGAAAGAGCGCAAGGAGAAGGAGCAGAGGGAGGCCCGCGAGAAGGAGCUGAGGGAGCGCCUCGCGAGGGAGCGAGAAGAGCGGCGCAGGAAGCUCGAGGAGGACAGGAAGCGGAGGGAGGAGGCGGGCAGCCAGGCCCGCAGCACAUCCUCAUACGCCUACUCGGGCGUCGGCGAGAAGACGAGCCCCUGGCCCAACGGCAAACCACCCACGCCAUCCUCCCCUACUAAAAAGCCCCCUCCCCCAACAGCAAAGACCUUCGUCGGCGACGACACCGACGGCUACUCAUUCCGGCCAUACGACCAGCCGAGGCGGCCUGCGCGCCGCAAUUCCAAGUCCGACAUGUCCGAGUCCUCGUGGGCCCCGUCCCAGUCGACGGCGCGUACGUCGCCGCCGCCGUCUGUGCGCGGCCCCUACUCGACAAAGGACCCCGACAAGAUCGUCAUCAAGGCCGUCUACUGCUUCAUGAACCAGUUCGCAAAGACCCCGGCCUCCCAGCUCGUCUCUGGGGUCGGCACCGUGACGGAUGGUCUCAUCCUCCGCAUCACGACAGAGGGCCUGUUCAUCGACGACGACAUCCGUGGCGUUGCCCAGCGCGAGUGGGACGUCAAGGCCUGGACCCUCAAGACGGUAGAGGUAUGGUGUCCCGUGCACUUUUUGACUGGUGCGAUUGCUGCGAAUUCUCCAUCCCCGACCGGUUCGAAAUCCUCGUCCAACCCUGCUUUGAGUGCGAACCACAUCAGUACUGCUUUCUUUGCCAAGGUGGUGGGGGGAGGCGCCCGGCUGCGCGCUGCCGAGAGGGGGUCGCCAAAGUCGCUGUCUGGCGACGAGGCCGACGCCUACCUCGCCGACGUGCUCCGCUCGUGCAAGGACUCCUGCCGCCUGGGCGACUGCGCGUCCAAGUUUGCUGCUUCGAACCUGCCUAGCUCUUCCGGCUACCACGACGACGCCUCGAGCGUGUCGUCCGGAUCGACCCGCGUGACUAACAGCACGGCACAGACUGGGGACUGGAAGGCCAAGGGGCUACAUCUCCUCCGAGCGACAAUCCGAGACCAGGAGGGCAAGAGGUACAUGUUUGUCAUCGGUGAGGAGGACGGGUGGAAGGUCGCCGUGGGACUGCAGCGUCUGAGGCGGGGCACCCAGGUCCGGGCCUUGGGCGUCGCGGGACUGAGCGGCCUCGAGACAAAGAGCACGCUCGAGAUGCUUGGCUGGGGUUGAGGAGCCUCUGGCCACAUGCUCGAGGGCUUGGGCUUCUCCUUCCUCGAGCCUAGUCACAACCUGCCUCGGACAGCUGCGAAGGCGGGGGUGAAGAGCACGCGGUCGAACCGCAGACCACGGCGCAUGCACUCCGACCCUGCAGCACCCUGCUCGAGGAUUUCGGAGACCAUCUCACGACCAAGUGAUGGAAAUGACGGAAAUGAUGAUGAUGAAGUGGACGACUUGAUGCUGUAAAUGAUAAAGGCAGAAACAAGCCGUGCUGGGUCCCAGCUGUUGCGCGGAGAGUCGCUGUUGGGAGUUGAAAUACCACGGAACAGAGCUGUUGGUAGCGAGGGAGGGAGGAAUGUUGCGGCACGUUACUAGGGAACCGGGUGCAUGGGUGCAAGAUUCCAAGUUUCUGUUCAAUACCCCUUUGCUCGAUUAGGCUGGAAAUACAAUCCACACGAAUUCUCGGCCCACACAAAAGGGCCAACGAA